AGAAGCAAAGCAAAAUGGCGGCUUACAUUACAGCACAUGAUCGUUCUGUUUUAGCUAAGCCGGAAGACACUAAAGCAUCUGUUACUCAAAAUACGACUCAUAAAGACAUAAUAGGUAAGUAAACUAGAUAAAAAUGUCUCAAAAAAUUAACCGAUGUUGUAUAGUUAAGACCGGCACUGGACCCUUCAUUUUGCAGAGAAAAAUGGAGUGGUGUCAACUUGAGCUUAAGCUUAAAUAUUAUUUUUGCUAAUUAACUAUCAUGUUUAUAAUUUGGUCCUACAUACUGGGUAUAGGCUGAAAAAUAUGUACAAGAUUAUCCUCAACAAAAAUUUAAACUUUUUUUGUAGUAGUUUUAGUUUAACCUGCUUGCCUUACUAAGAAUUCUCAGUUAUACGUAAUUUGUGUGUGCAAGGUGCUUGGGAUGCCAAAGCUAGUUGUACUGUCUUGAUAUCAGAACAGAGGUCGUCAGAAACAGGGGCCAUCCCAGUGUAAACUGCUAGCAUACCUGGUAACAUGACUUGAGGUUUAAAUUUUCCAGUCAUGCUGGGAGUAAAGACCAUGCACCAAAUGUUUAAAAGGUGGUUAGCACUAUCCAGCAGAUCAAUCACUAUCUAGUGUAUAGCACAAUUGGUUUUCCUAAAACUUUUCCACUGGAUAGUGAUUUUUCUGGUGGAUAGCGCUAUCCAUCUUUUGAACAACCGGGGCCAGCAAUGAUUCUUGGUGCAAGCCUAGUAGUGUACAUGUAUGCUCUCAUAUGUCAGAACAGUAUCCUGGGCAGUACACCAGCAUUUAAAGUAGAUCGUUCUGUAGGUUUGGCACUGGGGUGGUAAAUGAGCAGUCACUAAGAGAAGUGUUGUCAUCAGAGGAUCAUAGUUUGUAUCGAAAAAUAGUUUUGAGUUUUAUAAGUUUUGUAAUAUGCAGGAACAAGUCCAUUUUAGGCUUUAUAGUUGAAAAAUAUUGCACACAAUUAGGAGUUUUCAGUUAAAAAUUUCCCCAUGGCAAAGGAGUAAGGGUCACAAGCUAAUUAUUUGUGAACUGUAAACUCAAUUGACAGAGAUAAAAAGCAACAGAAACUACUAACCCUGUCUGUGUAUAACAUUAUGGGGUUUCAUUUACCUUUCUGAUUCUUCUCAGGGUAGACUUUUUGAUAGUAACGAAAUAAUAAAAAAAUUAUGUAACAAACAAAAGGAAGAGUGAGACCAAAUACACCCUUUUUGAUUUCAGCAAUAGGGAAUGACCUUUACCAGAAACUAAAAGAUGACCAUGAGAGAGAACAGCAGCAGAAAGUCACAGAGGUAGAGAAGAGAGCAUGGCUCUUGGCAUCCGAGGAGAAAGCAAGAGCUGUAAAGGGAGCAAGAGAAGCUGCUGAACUAGAAUUAGAAAAAGCCAUGGCUGCUGCUAAGAAAGCUCAGGUGAAUUCCCUUCUGAACAUGCAAUUUCAACAUGUACUUGAAUGGUUUUCCUACAGAGAGGGUGUAGGUCAUUUUUUGUGCUGCACAUCUGCAGUGAUGGCGUAUCCCCUUAGAAUUUUGCUGGUUAGAGCACUUACUGCAGUAGCCCAAACAACAGGCUUGUGAUGUGUCAGCACCAGCAAUAAUUAAGUUAAGCCCUAACAUCUUUCAAGUUUCUACUCAUACAAGUUUUUGUUUAUAUUUUACAAAAGAGGAGUCUGUUCAAAUAUGGAUAAAUUUAAUACACAACUUGUGACUACAAUGAAAUCUUGAUAUAACAUAAAUAAAUGAAAUUAUAUUAACUUUAAUGAUAUAUUGGUCCCCGUUAUAGUUAAUUAUUAUUAUCAUUAUUAUAAUCGUAUAUUAUUUUGAUGCAAAAGACCAAAACCCUGAUAAAGCCUCCCUUUAAAGUGAAUGAUUUUUUGCACCCCUUGGCACUUCACUACUGCGCAGUAGAAUUCGCAUGUAGAUCUGUGUUAUUAACUUUUUAAGAGUAUCCAUCCCUGAAAACCAUUAACACUUGGCCUGCAUGCUUCUUGUUAUAAUAACACAGGAAAAGGCAGUAAAAGCAGAAUCAAAGAGAGUUGAGGCACUGAUGAAAAAACUUGCAGCUCAACAAGUUCAGCGGGAAAAAGAGGAAGGUCAAAAGAGACUUGAAGAAGCACUUGUAAAAGCCAGAGAAGAGUAUAUGAUAGAGAAGGCAAAUGCUGUACAGAAGGCUAGAGAAGAGGAACGAGUCAUCGCAACUGAGGAGGCCAAAAGAGUGGCUCAGGUUGAAGAAGAUAAAAGAAAACAGUUGAUUUUAGCUGCAGAAAAGGAGAAACAGGUGAACAUACAUGGUAGCUGUAGUUAUUAAUUUUGUUUUUUUGAGCUGUCGACUGGCAAUAGUGCAGCAAUCAACAAAUUACAUCAUAUAAAUCAUGUUCGGUGGAUAAGAAUUCCCAAAGAAAAUAUACAUUGAAGCACAGUACAUGGUCCAAAGCAAGCAAAACAUUGAACUGGUUGAGAUCUAAUAACACCACUUAAAAGAAAUAAAUUUGACCUUAAAAUUUGAGCACCUGUGUAUGGGUACCACGGUACCUCUAUUGAAUCGUUGGAUGUUUAGGCAAGAUUGUCGCAUAUCAGCAAUAUCAACAAUAUUAUUUCUUUUGUGUGGUAGCAAGCUCAGCGCAACCACAACAACAAUGAAAACAAGAAAAUCAAAAAGGCAACAGGUGUAAUAAGCAAAACAAAAACUCGUACACGCAGCACACUUUUUCAGGGUUCGCACAGUGUUGAAAAGUCCUUGAAUUUUCUUCAACUUUGAAUGUAGUGGCCUGGCAAGUGUUUUCAAUGCUUUUUGGUUGUCCAAGGUGGAAUAUAAAUCAUAGCUCAGAGAAGUUAAAAGGGAUUUGCAGGAAGCGUUUUUUGUUUUCUGCAAUAAAUAAGUAUCAGUUUAACGACAAGUGAACUGAAAAAUGUAGAGAAGUUGGUGGAGCAAACAGAUAGUUAAAGCGUUAAAGUCCUGUUAGAAUGGACUGGGAAUGUGCAUUUUUGUACAGUCUGUGAAAUUACAUUCGUAGCAGGUGGUCCUUGAAAAUCGAUUGUGGUCCUUGAAAAGUCCUUAAAAAUGGUUGCAAUGUUUUGUAUGAACCCUGUUUUUGGUAGAUUUCUUAGCCAUCAUUAUACAACUAAUGUUGUCGAAGUUGAUUGGAAUUGCAAUGCCAUCUUCGCUUCAUCAUUAUGGUGAUCGUUGUGACUUCGCUUUCAUCUGAAUUAUACCCAUACAGAUCGAGGCUUAAAGUUAUACACUUCAAAGAUGGAGAUGUUGUAGUUAAUUUUUCAUCGCAGCUAAUUUUUGUUUUUCUUUUAUUUUUGGGUAUAGUAAUGUAUGCAUGCUAAUGAAAUUGAAACAAAGGAAAAAUAGAAAUUACCUGGGAUAAAAAGUUAAUUACAACAGUGACAUUGAACAUCUCUACACAAGAUGCUUGAUCCCCAUGUUUUCUUCUUUAAUUUCUCGAGUAAAAAUGCAGAACCUGAUUGAUUAAUUAUAGAAAUUCUUAUGUUAUGCAGUGAAAAAACAUCUUUUGCGGGGGUGACAAAAGCAGUUAGCACAAGGUAAAGUUGAUUUUAUAAGGCAAAUGGAAGGGCAUCAUUAAAAGGCAUGGCCUUGCUGGCUUCAUUGCCAUUAAUCUGUCACUGCUAGAAGUUUGAAUGUGCACUCAAGUAAGUUUAAUUCUCCUGCUUUUUAGCAAGCUUUGAAGAAUUUAAAGGAAAGAUUAAAACAAGAAGAAAAACAGGCAGUGCUGGAAAUGCAAGAGAAAUGUAAAAAGGAAGAGGAGGAAAAACUUCAGCAGCAGAAGGAGGUCCAUUUGAAGGAAGUAAAAGAAUUGGAAAGUCGUAUUGAAGAGCAAGUGAAACUCACAGAAGCUGCCAAAGAUGACACAGAAAGGAUUCUUGAAAUGAAGGGUACUGUAGAAGAAAAGUUAAGAAAUACCUUGACUUCAUUUCAAAACUUUAUAGACACAACAAAGGGUUUUAAUAAAGGACAGUCUGAUUUCAUGUUACUGGACCCGUUAAAGGACUUACUAGAGGACAGCUGA